AUGGCCAAUGAAACAUCUGUGACCGAAUUCAUUAUAUUGGGCUUCUCAAAACUCCCAGAAAUGAAGUUUUUACUGUUUGUAGUGUUUUUAUGCCUGUACUUCUUUACAAUACUUGGUAAUAUUGUCAUUGUUGUCACCAUCACUUUUGAUACCAUCCUGCAGACUCCCAUGUAUUUCUUCCUAAGGAACCUGUCUUUCUUGGAAUUAUGUUUCACCUCUGUCACCAUACCCAACAUGCUCGUAAGUCUCUCCUUGGCAGAAAGCAGAAUCUCUUUCAUUGGGUGUGCCACACAGCUCUAUUUCUUUUUACUGUUUGGUGUCACUGAAUGUUUUCUUCUCUCUGUUAUGUCAUAUGACCGCUACAUGGCCAUCUGCAUCCCACUGCGAUACACAGCCACCAUGGACAAGAGAACUUGUGUCCGGCUGUCUGCAGCAUCUUGGCUGGCUGGAUUCUUGGUGGCAGCAGGACACACCACCUUCAUUUUUAACCUCCCUUUUUGUGGGCCCAACAUAAUUAACCAUUUCUUUUGUGAGAUUCAGCCACUGAUGGUGCUUGUUUGUGGGAACACCUACUGGAAUGAAGUCCAAGUCAUUGCAGUAGCGGGUGUGGUGCUCAUGCUCCCCUUCAUUCUCAUCCUGGUGUCUUACUUCCAUAUCAUCACUACUAUCUUGAAGAUGAGAUCGGCCCAAAGCAGGCACAAGGCCUUCUCCACUUGUUCCUCUCACCUCAUGGUAGUAACCCUGUUUUACGGCACAGCACUUUUCACAUAUGCUCGGCCUAAAUCCAGUUACUCUUUGGACACUGACAAGUGGUUGUCUCUGUUCUAUUCUGUGAUCACACCAAUAUUGAACCCCAUAAUAUAUAGUCUCAGGAACAAAGAGGUAAAGGGAGCAAUAUGGAAACUGGGUACUAAAAUCUUUCUUAUGACCAAAGAUUAA